UUAAUUUAGCCCCUGAUGGUUAGGUAAAAUGGCUGCCGGACUGUCCCGAUCAUCGGGACUAGUGAUAGCACUAGUGCUGGUGGUGGUGCUAGCUUUAGUUGCGGUGAUAUCAGCGGGGGCGGCUUUCGGAUGGUACGAUGAUGAACCUCGGGCAGUCGAGGCUCUAGAACAGAAUGGCAUGUUAAAUGCAGGUCGUCCUAAUCGCUUCGAAGGUCUACACGGGAAGGCAGCCAACGGCUUGACUGAGCGAGGACGAGGAGACGACUUCAACUAUUAUGACGACAGGACGUCUGGAUUAUUCGUUCCCUUGAGCGAAUGGUCGGGCGCAGGUGGUGGGAUGACAGGCGGGCCCAUGACAGGUGGCCCCAUGGGUGACACUGCACUGGGCCAGUGUCGGUGCAACACCAGCCACUUACUGAACCUGGUCACCGCACACAUCCCGCGGGGCCCACCCGGGAUCCGGGGCCGUGAUGGAAAACCUGGAGCUCCCGGACUCUCGGGUAACCCCGGAACUCAAGGGGAGCGCGGAAUGCCGGGGCGCAGCGGUGAUAAAGGGGAGCGAGGGGAGGUGGGCCCUCAAGGCAAGGAGGGACUCCAGGGCCCCAAAGGUGAGCCCGGGACGGACGGGCAGCAGGGCCCAGUAGGCCCGCCCGGUCCUCCGGGGCCACCGGGCAACCCCGGUAUUGCCAUGGGCCGCGGGGACCACGGACUUGGUGGACGAAAGCCGAGUUGGGGAAACGGCAUUGGUUACUCGAUGACCUCGAUGGACGGCAUGGCGGAAACGACCUCCGUGGAGGCCAUCGGGAUGCCUGGGGUGAUGGGCCCUCCCGGGCCUCCGGGCCUUCCGGGGGCACCAGGGUUACCGGGGCUCAAAGGGGCCGAGGGCCCGAAAGGGGAGCGGGGAUAUGAAGGGAUGAAGGGGAACAAAGGCAAUGAGGGCAUCCAGGGCCCGGCUGGUCGACUAGGCGACAAAGGCACUCGCGGACCUCCAGGAAUCGAUGGCAUUCCGGGCCGGCCAGGUCUGGAUGGGAUGGUGGGUCUGAAGGGACAGAAAGGAGAUCCUGGGCCAACCGGUGUCGGCCGACCAGGGCCCCGAGGUCCCAAAGGUAUCAAAGGGUCCCAGUUCUACAGUCCCGAAGAGGUGAACGCUAUGGUCAUGUCAACCAUCCAGCGGUUCACCGACAUGACACCUGAAGGUCCGCAGCAGCUCAGGGACGUUUCAAAGAAAGUGGAAGUUUUCUUACCAAAAGGGGAGCCCGGAGAGCCCGGGAUGCCUGGCCUCAUGGGCCUCAAAGGAGAGGAGGGCCCAAUGGGACCCAUAGGGCCCCAAGGCCCCACUGGCAAUAUGGGCCCUCGAGGAGAACCCGGUUCCAGCGGAGAGGCAGGAGAGCCUGGAGACAAAGGCGCUAAGGGAGAAACUGGCCCCCCGGGGCCUGUGUCGUUCUCCAACGGCACGGUGGUCGUCAUCAAGGGCCAGAAAGGAGACGCCGGAGGGGACGGAGAGGCGGGUCGGCGGGGCCUCAGAGGCCUUAUGGGUCCUCCGGGCCCACGGGGCCCACCUGGGCCUCCCGGAGGAAUUGAAGGAUUUGACGGGGACGUGGGGGGCAUCAAGGGCCAGAAGGGGGAGCAAGGCCCCCCGGGGCCUCCUGGUCCAGGGGCUGUGGGCGGGAUGGGCCGUGGGGCCACUUAUGUGGACGGGGGCCUCUUUGGUAUCGUGGCCCGACCCGGAAAGAAGCCGGGUUUCAGCGGCGUUUUUGGCGCAGACGAGACCGGGGACAUUGGGACCGCGGGACUUGGAAGCGGCAUUGCGGGGCCACCGGGCCCUCCAGGCCCAGCUGGACCCCGAGGGCCUCCUGGGCCUCCCGGGCCUCCUGGUGGGGACUCCUACUCUGGGCACAAUACCAUGCCAAUUCCGGGUCCCCCUGGACCCCCUGGCGAACGGGGAGCUCCUGGAAUACCCGGUGGCAUCAGUUCUGAUGCUGGAUAUGGUCUUCCGCUCACCACUUCAUCCACUAUAACCUUCACUUCGCGCACUUCCAUGAUUCAGGACUGGACAUCGUACUCGGUAGGCAGCCUCGCCUACGUGAUAGCCGAUGACUCAAUGUUCGCUAGGACGUCGCGAGGAUGGCGAGAAAUUAUGUUGGGGACGGUGCUGACUGAUGCCUCUGAGAGCCAGGGGAUGAGGCCGCUGCCCCCCGUGGGGGGGAAUGUCCCCGAGAUCCUGCACGGCCGUAGGAAUAAGCCGUCCUGGCAACCAAGUCCAUGGGGAGACCCGAUGAUACAGAGCAAAGACAGGAAUAUCAACCAACGAGGCCCACCAAACGUCCAUGAGCAUCAGCCGACUUCCCACCAUGAUCGCACUUCUCACGAACGUCACAACGGUCACGGUUCCGGUCACAGCAAGCACGGUUCCGGUCACAACGGGCAUGGAUCCGGUCGUAACGGCCACGGUUCGCCCGGCAACGGUCACGGUUCGAGCAUGGACACCGAUACUCGACUUCCUCUUGGACAAGAUUACUUCUACGACAGUCGCGACCGUAGCGACUACGGCCAUCAGUCGUACAACCACGAUCACACAUACCAUGAGCACCCCGGCCCUGAACCGAGCCCUGACUACGAAACUGACGAGGGCGGCUGGAGGCCAACACAAACGCCGCUUGGAGAAAACUGGGGCAGCAGCAGCGGCGAGCACCUCCGUGUGGCCGCGCUCAACGAGCCCGUGUCGGGCGACAUGAAAGGCCAAAAAGCCGCCGAUUUUUCGUGCUAUCGACAAGCGCGAUCUGCAGGGCUGACUGGAUCCUUCAGAGCAUUCCUGGCCGACUCGUCCGGUAUCACGUCGCUCGUCAGAUCUACUCUGCAGAAUUUGCCUCUGGUCAACCUCAGGGGGGAGACUAUCCUAAGCUCAUGGCAAGACUUGAGUCUCACAGGAGGGCUGUUCUUGGAGGCGCCGAAGAUCUACUCGUUUGACGGUCAAAACGUGGCUGAAAGUGAACGAUGGCCUAACAAGUACGUCUGGCACGGUGCGACGCGGCGCGGUGAGAAGGCCGACAACUGCAACGCUUGGACGUCAUCCGCCGCGAUGAGGGUUGGUCACGCCUCCAGUCUGCAGUCGAUGCAACUUCUGGCACAAGAGAAAAUAUCCUGCGAUAAUCCUUUGGUCGUUUUGUGCGUCGAAACUAACCUGCCAAAACGCAGGAAGAGGAGUCUUACGAAACGAAGCAUCGAAAACCUUGAGGCUGAGAGGGCAAAUGAAACUAUAAUUCAUGGAGACUCUUUCGUUUGGGUCACGGAGGCCUCACAAGGCAAAAAAAGAUUGCAGGAGUCAAUUGAUGAUGGAAAUUUCAUGGUGACUAAGAACCGAGUUAAGGCAUCUCAAUUUUCCAACAAUGAAAGCAAAUUUUCAAUUCAACCAAAUUAUAAGGCUCUGAAUAAUGAUCUAUCAUCGGAUGAAGAUUCAAAUGAACGUUCAAUGAACAAGAAAUUCUUCAGAAGUUUCAAUAGCACAAGUGAGCCAGAAAAAUCAGGGCAUCUUCCCAACUUAGAUUUGAAUGCACAGAGCCAUCGCGACGAGGCAAGAAGGAAGACUGUCAAUAAAAAGAUCUUUGAGAUGAUGGAUUUGAUGGAAGAAGAGGAUUAAAUGAAGGUUCGAAAACUUUAAAUAUCUUGAAAACAAUUCUUGAGACGAUUUUAAAAUUUUGAAGAAAUUGACAAAAAUGAAUGAAUUUCGGAAAACUAGUCACGCUUAGGGUAUCUAUAAAAUGAUGGAAAUGUCACAUGUGUACAAUAUGAGCAUGAGUUGUGAAAUGUCGAUUACAUGCGCUGGGAAACUGUCCGAUGAGUAGAGAUCGUAUAUUUGAAUAAUGUGUGAUCUGAAAAAUAAACGAGUAUUGAAGUAAGCAACAAAGCAACCUCGUGGAUAACCGGAAUAAACUUCUUAUAUUCAGCCAACUCGAUUUGUAAUGUAAUCAUUCAAGUAAAUUAUAUUCCUAGCUAUACCCCAACUGUUCUAAUUGCAUGGCGUUGAUAAACGUAUUGUAAUUUAAUAUUUCAUGCGUAUUGGGGAUACAAGCUUUCAAAUUUCACGAAUGAUUUUCUGUAGUAAGGAGCGUUUGUUCAAUGAUAGGUAAUGUCAACAAAUGUUGUGUAAUUCCAGGGCGUUGAUGAACGUACCUAUUGGGCUUCCAGUAUUACCAAGUCUUCCACAUAAUUGUGCCUAGAUAUUAAAUACCUAUAGCUUAUAAAUCCGUUGAAAUUAAUAAAUGUUAAAAAGAUAUAAUACAAUGUGUAUGUUUUAUUUAUUGUAAUAGAAUUCUUAAUAUGGACGUAUGGACCUUGAAUUUAUUAAAUUACGGAAAUAUGAAAUUUAGUGCUUGAAAUUCCAAAAUAUUAUCUUAUAUCACCAUUAAUUCAAGGUACAAUUGAUAAAUAAUUAAUAUGCAUUUGAACCCACACUUUAUUUUAACAAAAAAAAACAAUUCAGCUUAAACUAUUUCAAACUCAGCUUGAUAUUAGUUCGAUAAUUUAACCACAUCAAUAAAAGAUUAUUGAUCAAUUCUGUACAUAUGUCGUAAAAAUUUUUUUGGAAUUAUAAUGCGACAAAAUGAAUAACAGUUCUGCUCGUGUUAAUUAUUUGACAUUUUUCCAAGGUUUUAGCAUAGCUGCAUGUGAUACCAAUUUCUUGUUAGGUCAAGCAUUUAUUGAGAUAUUUAAACGUAGUUCAUAACGCAUAUUAUCGUAAUGUAUAACUAAAUAAAUUCUUCAAAACGAUA